CUCGCGUUCCCCCAUCCCUGUCGGCGUCGUACAGUUUCAUUUAAACGCGCCCCAAAUAAGCCUGUUAGCUUGUUUUUGAACGGCCUAUAAUUUGACCGCGGUGGGCUUGGCCGCCCGAUUGAUGUAGUUAAAUUAAUGCUCCAUGUUUGAUACGCGAUAGGACUGGUUACAAAACAACUGGAAACGUGAGUUGUUUGGAAACGGGUUGAUAUACCAAUGGUACAGUCAGACAAUAUGGACGCGACGCACAAAAGCAGUGGUAAAACUAGCAGCAGCGAGUCCGACGGAAACAGCCCCGACUCGCGAGCAAGCCCAGAGCCUGGCCCCCGACAGACUACGGGGGGCAACGUUUUCGCCAACGACGGCAGCUUUCUGGAGAUGUUCAAGAAGAAAAUGGAAGAACAGAAGAGGAAAGCAGAGAUGGCGCAGGGACAUGGAAAUAAGGACUCUGCAGAGGAGGGACAGUCGACGCAAGAGAAGAAGACUUUUAGCGUGACCAGCUUUGUGGGCAAGCGGAGAGGCGGCGCCAAAUUAGUCCUCAAGACAGGAGUGGUUGCCAAGAAACAGAAAUUGGAAACUGAGGUUGACCCUGGUAAAGGAGAUGCUUGGAGUAAAUACAUGGCAGAGGUGAAAAAAUACAAAGCCCAUCAGUGUGGUGAUGAUGAUAAAACCAGACCGCUGGUCAAAUAGACGCUGGAGUUCCCCCCCCCCAAACAAUCUCUGUCCCUGAAGGCAGUCCUCUCUGGCCCUUCAUCUGCCCUCUGCUGUUGCUGGCUGAACACUGCUGGGAGCGAGCUUGGCAACUGCCCUUUCUCUCUCUCCAAUCUGUCUGCCAAACAGUGCUCAUUAAAACAGUGGCAAACAGACUGCCUACUACUCCUUUACACAUACGUCAUUGAUGGGGUCCGAUUAUUAUUUUAAUUGA